AUGGGUAAAGCCCGGGUAGCUCCACUGAAACCCAUCACCAUCCCUCGCAUGGAGUUGACUGCUGCAGUGGUUGCCAGCCGCAUGGAUAAGCUGUUGAAGAAGGAGUUAAGAAUGGAAUUACAAGAUUCAUGGCCGUUGCUGUUGCUGCUGGUUCUGGCCUCAGCCAGUCCUCAGGUCCAGACACCAGAUGAAAACGUUUCCUCCUCCCUGAAACCAGAUGUUGCUAAAAUCAGACCUAUCGUGUCCGUCUCAAAAAUCCGACGUGUUCUGCCUCCGGCUCCAAUCAGACAGAAAAUCCCAGUUAACUCGACGCUCCCAGAGUUCAGUAAUACAGAAAAUCUACGAUGGGUGAGAUGGAAUGGUUCCAUUCCUAACGGCGCCGUUUCCAUUUAUAACAGUUACACUGAUCGCAUCGACUACAUCUGCAAAGUCGGAUGUCAUUCUGGUUUUUACAACCCCUGCAAAGGCCCCUACUGCCACUACCCCAAUAAAAAGGAAGAGCAUCGUUCCUCCUCUUUUCAAAUCCUUGUGAAUGAAGAUAAUUUUGAGAUCCUGGAGUGGAAGGAAGGUUCUUAUGGUUCUGUUCCACAGAAUGCAGUCAGAACCUGCUCCAGUGAGGAAAUGUAUGUAGGGAAGAACAAGUACGGAUUGGGGAAGGUUGAUCCGAAAGAUAAAUGUUUCUAUCUCCCCUGGGAGGGAAGUGAGUAUUGGUACCAGAAGAGCUAUGAGGUUCUGACCCACAUGAAGCCUGAAGAAGAUUUAAUCACUGAUGUCAAUUAUCUCACAAAUGAAGCUAAAAUUUUUAAAGAUCCUCCAAAAACCCUCCAAAGCUCUAUCACUACCAACCAUAACCUCAGUCCUGUGACAAGCACAGUUUCUCUGACUGAGACAACCACAGAGGAGAGACGAUGGGAAAUCAGCUCCUCCAUCACAGUUGGCACAAAUAUGAACAUCAAAGCAGGAAUUCCCUUCCUUGCAGAAGGACAUGUUGAAGUCAGUGCAGAGAUAUCUCUUGCAUUCUCAUAUGGAAAAACCUGGACAGAGGAAAUCUCCCACUCUAUCACAUUAGAGCUCACCAUACCACCAAACCACAGCUGCACGGUAAAGAUGGUUGGUUAUCGGUACAGAAUGGACAUUCCCUUCACCGCACGCCUGAGUCACAUCUAUGAAGACGGAGAGACCAGAUCAGCCAUCAUCUCUGGAAAUUAUCACGGAGUCCAAGUUGGAGAUAUUGGGGCUGAAAUGGAAACAUGCCGACCUAUCCUCGCGUUCAACUCCAAAAGAGUGUUGAAAAACCCCUAAAGCAUAACUGGAAAGGCUUUACCAGGCAUUUGAUUUAGAGCUUCAGCUUCAUUUAUGCUUUUUAAUUCUUAAUCUCUACAGAUGUAAUAUGUAGGGUUGUAAGAGUGUAUUUAGUCAUACAGGAUGUUUCUGGUACAAGCCUUUUGAUGUAUCAGACGUGCCUCUGUUGUUUUUGACAAUGUUGCAUAUAUAUAUCUUUAAAAAGUAGUAGCAAAGUAUCACACUGAAUUGAAAAAAUAAGGAGGGACAGGGAAGUAGAUCAGUUAUGCUAGCUUGACUUUGAGAAUCUUAACAUGUAGACGUGCUGCAGAAUCCGGUUCAGUUAAUGGUAACGCUAUGGUAACGGGUCUGUGUGUAGCAUUGAUAGAAUUAAAAUAAUAACCUAUAUAAAUACUAAUCAUUAUACUUGAGGACUGUUAGAAUCUCUGUCUGUUUUCUGAGAGAUGUCUGCAGGAAACUGUGGGAAGCGUCCUGCUGAGGAGUGAGGAGUAGGAUACCAUGACUGGAACUGCAAAGCUAUAGUCUUAUCUUAUGAAAUAUGCUUUUGAAGAGUUUAUAAAUGAGUUGUAUUCAUGUGAGUGUGCAGCUGUUUUUGCUUCCCCUUCCUUCAGAGCUGCCCACUGUCUGUAACCAGGGUGUUCCCAAUCCUAAUAAAAGCAGGAGAAAACUCAGCUGAAGCUUCAGAGCUCAGGCUGAAAUCUGUAACUGGGUCUCACUGUUUUCUCCCUGCAGGUAAAAAUAAGUUCUGACUCUUGUCUCUUCUUUGUGUUCAGGUAAUUUAGACCUAACAGCGUCAGCAGUGGUUUUGUGUUCUCCAGUUUUUCUGCAUUGUUUUUCCAUUUGCUGUGCUGCUCUGCACUAAGUUAAUAAUAUCUACAAGUCCAGGUUUCCUUUUGUUAACUGAAUUAUUUUACAGUGGCAGAGUGGCUGUGGAUGGUAAGUAAAGGAAGAGUCUCAAAACAUCUAAAAACAUUUAAAAUCAGAUUUGGAAAAGUUAUCAGAAAAUCUUCCUCAACAAUUUCAACCAGGAAUCUUAGCAUCCAUUGGCCACUACACAGUAAAAAAAUAUGUUUUAGUUAUUUUAUUUAAAUGUAACAAAAACAUAUCAAACCAUGAUAUUAAAACUGAGAUACUCACUCAACCAUGAUUUGCUAUUUUAUUACCACUACAUCCAAGUUAAUAACUAUUGAAAUUAUUAUGAGCAAAAGACUAUAUUUUAAAAGACAAUAAUCAAAAGUCUAUAAUU